CAUAUUCACUUCCGCGUUGCACGUGGUUGUACAUCGCGGAAACACAUCAUCAUUUCCCUCUUGCACAAGUAUAUAUAAGUAGUUAACUGUAUCGCCACUGUACUGUAUACAUAACCCUCAAUGUGUUUUAGGGUGAUAUCCUUUGACAAGCCCUUGGAUAUUUAUAUAACAAGAAUGUCGGAAUGUGGAUUGUGUAGCAGGCGUGUCUCAUGUGUAUUGUAUAUUCUGACCUUACCUGCUUUGUGAAGGGUAUCAGUAUAAGUAUGGGUUGCGGUCACGUGACAGUGUGUGGGGCAUCUGCCCAUUUUCUUCUCACGAGAUCACUGGAGCUAAUACAAGUGACGUCAACUUUUGAAAACAUACCGACAAAAUGGCGAAUGUAGCAACUGCAUGAGUGAACACAUGCACUCGCUUGAAAUCAUUGUUUAUGGAACAAAUAUCGGGAUAUUUAAAGAGGGAAACAUAAGUUUUCUUAGUAAUACGGAAACACAGAACUGCUCAAGGAGAAACUACGAUGUCGGUUUUAGUACGUAAGGUUGACGCAAUGAUUCCAGUAUCGCCCCGGGCUAUCGUGUACACGGUAUAACGAGGAUCUCUAGAAAUCACAGCUUCCCGACUUCGCGGAGUGACUAUGGCGACACUGGCCUGGAGUUACCUAGUUGUCGUACUUUGCGUGCUAGACUUCCUUCUUGGCACCAGCGGGUUACGUCUUGGAGCAUUCAAUCUGAAAAUAUUUGGAACUUCCAAAGCAUCUAAACCCGAUGUUGUGGAGACAAUUGCCAAGAUAAUAUCUCGGUAUGACAUCAUCCUGCUGAUGGAGAUCCGCGACAUCUCGGGGACGGCCACGUCAGUGUUAACGGAGAGACUACAACAACAUAGAGAUGUAACAUCGGCAUACGGCUGGGAAAUCAGUGAUCGCCUAGGACGCACCAAGAGCAAAGAGGAGUAUGUAUUCAUAUACAGGAAGGACCGGGGCAUCAGCGUUGUCGACAAGUACCACUACGACGAUGGAGACGAGGCAGCGAAAGAAGAUACAUUUGAAAGAGAACCCUUUAUUGUCCGCUUCCACAGUAACAGAACUGUGGUUCCCGAGUUCUCCCUCGUGGCCAUCCACACCAACCCUUCCAAGGCGCUGGGGGAGAUCAAGUCCCUCCUCGAUGUGUAUCGCGAUGUCAAGAAGAAAUGGAACAGCGAUGACGUCAUCAUCCUAGGCGAUCUCAAUGCUGAUUGCACAUACGUGCGCAAGUCUCAUUGGCCAACGAUUGAUAUACGUAACCGGCCGGAAUUCUACUGGCCAAUUGGAGACGACGUCGACACAACCGUGACCGACACAGACUGCGCUUAUGACCGGUUUAUCAUAUCAGGACAACGACUCAGGGACAGCGUGCUGAACAACAGUGCCGGUAUUUUCAACUUCCAGGAGCAAUACAAGCUGUCAAAACAGCAGGCUCUGAGCGUGAGUGACCACUUCCCUAUCGAGCUGGAGAUGCAGGAGACGGUAGCCGUCGGUGUGGGAGCUAACGCCAGCUUCAACAUGGCUGUAGUUGUGCUCUCUACUCUGUUUGUUGCCAAGCUGUGCCUGUGUUGAUAAAACAGAUUCAGACAUGGCCUAUCCUCCCUAUCCUCAUCACUGAUACAGAUAAUGAUGGAAGUUGAUGCUGUUGGAGAUUUGAGAGCACUUCUGAUGGAUUCUAUUUCGCACCAGGAUUGUUAAAUGUGAAUUAUCUUCUUGUGGCAGUGGAAGAGAAUUGUGGCCGAGUAUGCGCAGUGGCACAAUGUUGGCUGGACUAUCGCCCAUGCUAUUAAUCACUGGCUUGUCACACCCAGACUAUGCCGUGCUCUCCUCUGAUUGUGCAGUCUGCGAUACACGAAAGCACAUGCAAGAAAGUACCACUCCAUUAACUAAACUGCUACUGAUAUAUAACAGGUGAUACUGAUGUUUUCUCAGGUACUUGCAUACUAACAAUGUGAUAUACCCUAAUCAAAAGUACUAACAAUGCACCAUAUAUGUUCAUGAUUAGCUAGUCGAUCGGUACACAUGGGUUUUACAACACACAUCAUUCCAAAUGUGUGGGUUCUUUAAAUUGUUUCAGUUGUACAUUAGUACACUGGUUUUUGGAUAAAUCAAUUAGAUUGGGUAAUCUCAAUUAAUUCCAUGAAACCUAUCAUCAACAAUCAUAAUCUUUAUAAGAUGAUAUUUUCUUUUAGCCCCUCCGAUUAGAACAUAAAUUGUUACUAUUUCACGUCUGUGAGUGCGAAUUUCACAUCAUGGUCAAGACUAUCUGCUGUUCAGGACUAUCUGCUGGUCAAGACUAUCUGCUGGUCAGGACUAUCUGCUGGUCAGGACUAUCUGCUGG